UAAUAUGCAAGCUCUCUACAAUUGCUUUAGUUUCAAAUUUUAUUGUCCUGGUUAAAAAUUAAUUUUAGAGCCAUCAUUAAGAUUUUUGUUGCCAAAGUGCUUUUCGGACCAGGAUUUAAGGUGACCCAGCUUUAUAAAAAUUUAAAAUUUUGUUAAUUCGAGGAAAUUUUUGUGGUUAUUUAUGAAAAGUGAUAAUUGAGGAAAUUGUCAUUCACUUCUCACAGUACACAGAAUCCAGAGCAUCAGAGGUGGAAAUAAGUAAGUAAUCACUGCCAUGAGGUUAAUGCCUCUGUAUGUCCAUGCCUUCAUUUAUGGGAGAAGAAGAGGGGACCUUCCCUUCUUGUUUCAAGAACCGGAGGCCUUCUUCUUCUAUUAGUGGUGUCUUCCUUUACAUUGCCUUCUUCUGUAAGUGGUGGGCUUCAUAUCCAUGUAGCCAUCUUCCAUUGCCUCCUGAAAAUAUCCUGUUUCCACCAUGCUCAAUCUUACUUGCUGUGGAAAGGGCAAGAGCACUACAGAUUUCUGUAACAACCCAGGAAUAAAGAGUUACCAUAGCUUGGGUGAACAGAGCCCGAGGAUUAGUUUUUAUUCAGAGAAUUCAAUGAGAGACGAUGAUUAUGCCUUUUGUUCCAGUAAAGAAAUGGUGGAUUCUUUCUCAAAUUGUUGUUCGAUGAGAGAGAAAGAAGAAUAUCGGGGGCAUUCGAGUUGUGUUGAAAAAGUAGGAGAGAAGGAAGGUAAGCAGGCAUGUUGCAUGGAGUGCUGUGAUGUACACGGAAUGAAGGAGAGGUUUGCAAAGCUUUUGUUAGGAGAAGACAUGUACGGAGGUUCUAGAGGUGUCAGCACUGCACUCGCUUUAUCCAACGCCAUCACUAAUCUUGCAGCUUCUGUUUUGGGGGAGCUCUGGAAAUUAGAGCCAUUAGCCGAGGAAAAUAAGAAAAAAUGGAGGAGAGAGAUGGAUUGGCUACUUUCCCCUGCUAAAUACAUGAUUGAGCUGGUUCCGGCUAAGCAAACCCAAGCCAAUGGCCACAUCAUAGAGAUAAUGGCUCCAAGAGUCCGGCCAGACGUUGACAUUAAUCUUCCUGCACUGAAAAAGCUUGAUAACAUGCUACUUGAAUCGUUAGAUAAAAUGGUGGGAACGGAGUUCUGGUACAUAGAAGGGGGAAACAUCGGGGUCAAGAGAGAGAGAGAGAAGGAUUCCAAACCUUUGAGGAAAUGGUGGCUUCCUCUUCCAAGAGUCCCUGUUACUGGCCUCUCAAUUGACGAAAGGAAGAGGUUGGUUAGUGAGAAAGAGAGAAUAACUCAAAUUUUCAAGGCUGCCAAAUCCAUUAACAAGACUGUUCUGCUUGAAAUGCCAAUUCCUCGGGCUUUCUGGGACUCCCUACCCAAGACAGGAAAAACAGUCCCUGAAGAUGCCCUUUACCAGGCAAUAGCCCUCAAAUCUCCCAUUGAAGAAGUUCUCAACUCACUCGACCUAAUGCCCGAACAUGCAGUUUUGGAGAUGGUAAAUCAAUUAGAGGCUGCUAUUUUUAUGUGGAAAAGAAGAUCGAAGAGCGAGGAGGCUGCUUAUUUGGUUGAAGAUGGAAAGAUCGACUCGAGAAGGAAUUCAUGGCCCCUAACAAAACAACCAGAAAAUGAAUUCCUCAAGAAAGAUGCAUGCUUUGGAAAGGCUGAAAGCUUUCUUAAGCAACUCCAAUUCAAAUUCCCACACUUGCCCCAAACCUUACUCGAUGUAACGAAGAUACAAUAUAACAGAGAUGUUGGGCAUUCCAUCCUAGAGGGGUAUUCCAGAGUUUUAGAAAGCUUGGCCUUCAAUAUUCUUUCAAGAAUUGACGAAGUUUUGCAAGAAGAUGACACCACUAAGUCUUUAUUGUCACCACCGUCAUCAUCCUCAUCAUCAUCGUCGUCAUCAUCAUCCUCGCCUAAAACCAUCUGAGUUCUUUCUGUCAUCGUCAUGCUCACCGACUCUGUGCUUCCUGUAUUGCAGGGCAAAUUGAAUGAACACCUCGCUAUUAAGUAUUGAGCUCUUGUAUUUGUCAUGCAUUAUCAAGCACAGAGUAAUUUCUGUGUGGAGAAAAACAAUGAUUGCUUUACAGUGAAAUCUAGAAAGAUCCAUUAUGUAGUUUCUUUGCUCAUGAUGGAAAACAAAAAGAAAAAUAAAAAAAGAUUGUAUACAAUGAGACCAUACAAUGUGAAAUUUGAUAGCUUGAGUGU